AUCAAAAGUCUCUCUUAUUUACUUUCUUUUUCCUAAUCUUCCAAACAAAAAAAAUGGCACUAAUCAGUACUAAGAAACCCAUCAGAAUGGUUAGGAAAUGGCAGAAGUUUGCAGCUAUGCAGAGGAAGAGGAUUUCAUUUUCAAGAAAUGGCAGUGAUGCAGAUGAUUGUAGUACGUCUUCAUCAUCUAUAGUUGAAAAAGGACAUUUUGUAGUAUAUACAAUUGAUCAAAAGCGCUUCAUGAUUCCUUUGGUUUAUCUUGAAAGUGAGAUCAUUAGGCAACUUUUGAACAUGUCUGAAGAAGAAUUUGGUCUUCUGAGUGGUGGUCCUAUUACAUUACCUUGUGAUUCAGCCUUCAUGGACUAUAUCAUUUCGCUAAUAAGGAAAGGCGUAACUGCAGGAGAUUUUCAUAAAGCAUUGCUCCUAUCAAUUCCUUCAUGUUGUUGUUCGACUUCUUCUUUGCACCAAGAAAGUGGAAACCAACAGCUUCUUGUUUGUUGAGUCAUAAUCAACAUUUAGCAUAAAGUUGUUUUAGAUAGGACAUAGAAUGAAGAACACAAUUGUAAAGCGCAUCAUACAGGUUGAAUAUAUUAUUUUAUCAGAAA